GUGAUUUGAUGAACUGAAUUGUCACAAUUGACCGACGAAAAUGGAAGACGUAGCUAUGGCAAGCGAAGUAGAGAGAGAGGACGACGAAACCUCCGCCGCCAAAGAGCUCUUGCGCGACCGAUUUCGCCUCUGCACCAUCUCCAUCGCUGAAGCCGAAGCGAAGCAAAAUGAUAUGGAAAUUUCUCAGCCAAUUAUGGCUUGUAUCUCCGAUUUAGCCUUCAAAUACGCCGAGCAGCUGGCAAAGGAUCUAGAGUUAUUUUCACAGCAUGCUGGCCGCAAGUCUGUGAAUAUGGAUGAUGUCAUACUUUCAACACAUCGGAAUGAGCAUCUUGCUGCUUCAUUGAGAUCCUUCCGCGAUACUCUGAAAGCAAAAGAACCCCAAUCUGAUAGGAAGAGGAAGAAAAGACCAACAAAGGAAGACAGAGCUGCUGCAGAUGAACUCUUGGUACUGGAUCCAUAAUGCAGCAGCAUCUGAUCUCUGCUUGACUAGGUAACUAAAUGUAGCUGCACCCAUGCUCUGAUGCCCCAUAAAGCCAUUUCAUUUAUUGCAAUAUUCAACAAUGGACGCGUAGAAAUGUAAUUCCCUAACAAGUGUAUUAUUGCUUCUUGCCCAAGGUUGGCAAUCAGUUGAUAGGUGGAAAUUUUGUCCAAACAAGAAUCCUAGUAAAUAGCACAGGUAAGUGAGUAAGUCCCCUCCACGGGGUUGCAUAGAAUUUCUUGUACACAAUACUAAUGUAUUUCUACCUGUUUUGGUCAUUUACUAGUUAACCUAAGGUAGUUGAAACUGUGCA